GAAUGAACGAUAGAUUUGUUGUGCUACGUCACCGAUUGCUGCGCGGAAGGAUACUCAGAAGACCAUGUCACAACGACCUGAGUUCCGGGAUGCGGGACUAUUUCUUCGGAAUGGCAAAGAAGCGCGUUGAAAAGUGCAAGGAUACAGCGGAGUUACACGUUGCUAGCAGGUGCAUAAUGGUGAAUUGCCGAUUCCUUUCAGAGACGUCAUGAUGCAACAAUUGGCGUUUUCAUCUUUUUGUUCAUGGUGAACAAAACGUUUGCUGCUCACUGCAAGCUUAUGUUUACGUGAGACGGAUGACACGAUCCCGGACCUACUAGAACCCCUGACUUGAGAUUGAGCGCAGUCUUUUGGAUAGGGAAGGCAUCGCUCUCGAGUUCAGCACCAUGUCAGGCACGUACACCCCGGCCCCCGGUGGGCCCUUCUCAGCGCUCACUCCAAGCAUGUGGCCCCAGGACAUUUUGGCUAAGUACCAUCAAAAAGACGACGCGGAAUUGAAUGGACUCAAGUAUGAUGAGUUUGGCUUCAGGGUGGACACAGAAGAGACUGACGAUCCCAGUCCUUGGCUCGGCACUGAAGGCUCACCGCAACGUGAAAACCCGCAGCAGAGGUUGCGCUGGCAAGCCCAUUUGGAAUUCACGCAUAAUCACACCGUGGGCGACCUGACCUGGGAGCUCAUCGCGCCCGUCCUCCCGCGCUCCGAACGCCUGCGGACGCUCGUACUCGGCGGCGUUCCUCAUAGCAUGAGGCCGCAGUUAUGGAUGCGUCUGUCGGGAGCCCUGCAGAAGAAGAGGACCUCUGAAAUCUCCUAUAAAGAAAUCAUUAAGAACAGCUCCAAUGAGGACACCUCCACAUCUAAACAGAUAGAGAAGGACUUGCUGCGCACGAUGCCCACCAACGUGUGCUUCAGCAACCUGACGAGCGUUGGGGUCCCGAGGCUGCGACGGGUACUUCGAGGCUUGGCCUGGCUUUACCCCGACAUCGGCUACUGCCAGGGAACUGGAAUGGUGGUUUCCUGCCUGUUACUCUUUAUGGAGGAGGAAGAUGCGCUAUGGAUGAUGUGUGCCCUGAUUGAAGACCUCCUCCCUCCAGCGUACUUCUCCUCCACCCUACUGGGCGUCCAAACGGACCAGAGAGUGCUUCGUCAGCUCAUCGUUCAGUACCUACCGGCCCUUGACCGCCUUUUGCAGGAGCACGACAUCGAGCUGUCUCUGAUCACGUUGCACUGGUUCCUAACAUCCUUUGCCAGUGUGGUGGACAUCCGUUUGCUCCUCCGGAUCUGGGACCUCCUUUUCUACCAGGGCUCCUUAGUGCUCUUUCAAAUCACGCUGGGCAUGCUGAAGAUCAAGGUGAGCUCCCGUACCUUGAAUUCUUUUCCAAAGGCGUUUUAUAAUGUAAGGCGUCUCCGUCUACCUCAGGAGGAGGAGCUCAUAUCGUCCGAGAACUCUGCGUCUAUUUUUAACACUCUGUCCGACCUACCGAGCCAGUUGAGGGACGGGCCGGCCGUUCUCGGGGAAGCUUUGAGGCUGGCAGGGAAUCUGUCACAGGACGCCCUGGAUGCUCACCGACACAAGCACCUGGCUUACAUCCUCAACGAGCAGGCCCAGAUGGAUAGCGGGAGCGCGCCGCUCAAUUCCAAUCUCAACAAGGUGGUGCGGAGGCAGUCCCUUCGUCGAAAGUCCACUUUAAGCUCUCUGCUGUUUGGGGAGGAUGACGCCGAAGCUCUCAAGUCCAAGAACAUCAAGCAGACGGAGCUGGUGGCGGCCCUUCGAGAGGCCAUCACUCGCGCGUCCGAGCAUUUCCACUGUCUUGACCCGCGCCACUCCAGCACUGAGCUAACCCCGGACUACUCCAUGGAAAGCCACCAGCGGGACCAUGAAAACUUCCUGGUGGUGUCCCGGAACCGACGGCGACGAGCCAAGGCUUUGCUGGAUUUCGAGAGGCACGACGAUGACGAGUUGGGCUUCAGGAAGAAUGACAUCAUCACGAUUGUCUCACAGAAGGAUGAACACUGUUGGGUUGGGGAGCUCAAUGGCCUUCGAGGCUGGUUCCCCGCAAAGUUUGUGGAGAUCCUCGAUGAAAGAAGUAAAGAGUACUCGUUAGCAGGAGACGACUCUGUAACCGAAGCUGUGACCGAUCUAGCCAGAGGGACUCUAUGCCCGGCGCUGAAGGCCAUCUUUCUGCACGGCCUGAAGAAACCCUCCAUUUUGGGCGGGCCCUGUCACCCGUGGUUAUUCAUAGAAGAGGCGGCCAGCAGAGAGGUCGAGAGAGACUUCAACUCGGUCUACUCCAGACUGGUGCUGUGUAAAACCUACAGGUUAGAUGAAGAUGGGAAGGUUCUUACGCCAGAAGAGCUCCUAUACCGGGCGGUGCAGUCUGUCAACAUGAGCCAUGAUGUCGCUCACGUUCAGAUGGAUGUUAAGUUCCGCUCUCUGAUCUGCGUCGGCCUCAAUGAGCAGGUGUUGCAUUUAUGGUUGGAGGUGCUGUGUUCCAGCAUGGCGGCCGUCGAGAAGUGGUAUCAUCCGUGGUCAUUUCUACGCAGUCCAGGAUGGGUUCAGAUUAAAUGUGAACUCAGGGUCUUAUCAAAGUUUGCCUUCAGUCUUUCUCAAGAUUGCGAAUUACCGGAGCAGAAAGAGAAGGAGCAGAGGCCGCUGAAAGAGGGCGUGCAAGACAUGCUGGUGAAGCAUCAUCUCUUCAGCUGGGACAUUGACGGCUAGACAAACUGCAUCCUAACUGGUGUGUGCUUGUGUGUGAUUUAGUAUGUGUGUGUCUGAUUCUUGGACACACUAUGGACUGAAAUGUUGGACAGUGGUAACGCAUUUCAAUAGAUGACCCAGUUACCAUUAAGGUCACUGGUUUGUCUGUGCAUCACGAUGCAUCCUAUUUUUUCAGUCUGGUUUUGAAGGGUGUUUUGUAAAUGUUUUCCCGUGGAGGUCAAACAAGGUGAGCAUGAAGUACAGAAUGAUCUGUAUCCACUGGACUGCAACACUUUAUUUCAGCCAUUUUUUUUUUUUUUUCCUCCCCAACUUGUUUAUUAUUGGCACAGGAGGGAGACCGGAAGGACCUUUCACCUGCUGUUCUUCAAUUUAACUAUCAAAAGACCAAAACCACCUUCAAGCUUGUAAAUGUUAAAAAGUAUUUUCAGAGAAAAUUUCAUGAUUGCAUAUCACACUACAUGUUUAAAUCCUAAUGUUGCACAUGCCAAGUUUAGCCUUCGCAGAUUGUGUCAUAUUAAAUGUGCACUACGUGAACAGUGGUAGCCAACGCUGCACGGUGAAGAACAAUGUUGUCGUGCAAUCCAAAUAAAUGUUACCUUAUUAGAUA